GGGCCGCGGGGCGGGGUCCCGGUGGCGCAUGCGCAGGCGGUGACCUUGCUCACGUGUCUGGCGGCGGCCCGGUCACUCUGCGGCGGGGAGCGCGGCAGCCGUCAUGGCAGGAAAAGCGUUUAGGAAAUUUCUGCCCCUCUUUGAUCGUGUUCUGGUUGAACGAAGUGCAGCUGAGACAGUAACCAAAGGAGGCAUCAUGAUUCCUGAAAAAGCUCAAGGGAAAGUGCAGGAAGCAACAGUAGUAGCAGUUGGAUCUGGAGCCAGGGGAAAGGAUUUCUACAAUUGGCCUGAUGAAUCAUUUGAAGAAAUGGAUAGUACAUUAGCUGUGCAGCAGUAUAUCCAGCAAAACAUAAGGGCAGACUGUUCCAACAUUGAUAAGAUCCUUGAACCUCCUGAAGGCCAGGAUGAAGGGGUGUGGAAGUAUGAACAUUUGAGACAAUUCUGCCUUGAGCUCAAUGGACUAGCUGUCAAACUUCAGAGUGAAUGCCACCCAGACACCUGCACUCAGAUGACAGCAACUGAACAAUGGAUUUUCCUUUGUGCAGCUCACAAAACUCCCAAAGAGUGUCCUGCCAUAGACUACACCAGACACACCCUGGAUGGAGCUGCCUGCCUUCUGAACAGCAAUAAGUAUUUCCCCAGCAGGGUUAGCAUCAAGGAAUCCUCUGUAGCCAAACUAGGAUCAGUGUGCCGAAGGAUUUACAGAAUAUUUUCUCAUGCUUAUUUUCAUCACCGGCAGAUAUUUGAUGAAUAUGAAAAUGAAACUUUCUUGUGUCACCGGUUCACUAAAUUUGUGAUGAAGUAUAAUCUGAUGUCCAAGGAUAACCUGAUUGUGCCCAUUUUGGAGGAAGAAGUGCAAAAUUCAGUGGCAGGGGAGAGCGAGGCAUGAUGGGAAUGGCAGUACAGAAACUGUACUGAAUUGAAACAGAAAUUAUGUACUGUAUAUAUCAGUUUAGACACUUCAAUCACCUAUCCUCAUAGCUUUGUUAGGAUACUUUUUGUAUGCUGUGUGCAUUGCCUUUUAAUAUGGGAAAUUAAGUUAUUCAUGAGCUGUAUAUUCAUCAACGUGGCACUCAUGGUUUUUAAAUAAAAGUAGUAGUAUCUGUUUAUAAUGCCUGUUAAUAAAAGAAUUUACAGUUCUCUAAAACUGCUGCUAAACAAUCAUUGAAUCACAAUCCUGAAUAUGUGUCUGAUUGGGUGGGGAAAAAAGUGAGAUUCAGAUUCCCCAGCAAGCCAUUUUUUAAAGCAGUAGCUGUAUUAAUUAAGUCUUAGUUGAAAAAGUCUAUCACCUGAAAUCUGUAACUCUGCAGGAAGCUUCUUGCAAUGUAGCUUACUUCUAAUUUAGCUCUAUUUUUUUAAGAUUGCUUUGAAGAUUUACUUUUGGAUGUGCAUCUUCCUCUACAUGUAUAUCCAAAUACUAAUAGCAUCUAUAGUAUUAAUAAUACCAAAUGGACCAUUCCACUAUGCUAUUCAACAGAUAUAUAUAUACAUAUAUAUAUACACACACACUUGGUAUACAUCUAAUGUGCUUUCUGGACUGUUAUUCUUUGUUAACAGUGGAGAUCUGUGCACAGCAGGGGAAGGGUUCUGUCCUGUUAAGGCAGACUUCUGCUGUUCCACAGUCCACAACUUCACUAAAGAAUAACUGGCAAAGAAGUCAAUGCUCUAUACCUGUGCAUCUUUAUGGCAAUUGCUUACUGAUUAUACCUCAUAAAUAUUCAUGUUAACACUACAUAACACACUAGCACAGUCUUUGCUUGUAUUCCUAGUAAAAAUAUUCUAAGUACCUGAUAUAUUGAACCUAAUUCUUUGCAGGAGAAUGUUCUUUGCAUGCUUCCAACAUCUGUUGGUUUUCUUCCUUCACCUGAAUUCUGUUGACAGAAAAAGAUUUGGUUUCAUGCUUCUGUUCCUUAUCCAAUGUUUUUAUUUCAAAUUGUGUUUGCAGAUUUGCAAUAGCUGACAAGUUCAUGAGUGCUGCUUAACUGUGUUACAUCUAGAAUGAUAGAAUUAAGUGUUUUAGAGAUGACUGUAGCAGACACUGCUAAGCAGACAUGAAUGCAGGGUCUGAAAACACCAGCAGUGUGUUUACAUGAAAUGAAUUCUGCUGAGCUGUUUAAGAGGUCAGUUGGUUGUUUCUCUGAGGUUGCCAGGGGCCCUCUUUCAUAUUUCCUUAAGCAAGUCAGAAAGGGUUAAACUCAGCUUCUGUAAUCUGCACUUUGUUUUCUACAUUACACUUACCUGGCAAGAAGGGAGUCCACUUAUUUUUAAUAAGUCUUUUUUGUUAAUUAAAUGCUGAACAUGCCUUAAAUUCUACUUUUCCUUGUAUGAAUCAAGCACACCUCAAGCAACUGUUCCACCUGGAUGCAAAGGGGAUUUAAACAGUGACAAAAGAGAGAGAGAGGCUAAGCCUGUGCACUGCCCCAGCUGCAUUGCUCUCCAGCAGCUCAAGUGUGUCUGAUACUUAUCAGUGUAUUUAUCUGUCAGGAGGAGGUGUUGUCUGAGUGAAAGCAGCUUCAGUUACCAUCUGUACACUUGGCUAUCACUUGCCAGGUUCUUGAUUUUUGACAGGUAUCUUCAAGGUUGUACUGCAGGUAGGAGGGCUGUAUUUAUGAGGUAGUCAAACUGUUUGGGGUUGUUGUAGGACCAUCCAGGGUGUGGUUCUUUGCACAGACAGUCCCUGUGCCUGCUUUUGUCAGCCAGGGUGACUGACACAGACAAAAGGUGUAACUGGUGUUGCUAAUGACAUUUUUUCUACCAAAUUGAAGAAAACGACGCAGUGCUCAGCACUGCAUUGAGAAUUUUAGAACCUCUAAGGCUUUAAAACUCCAAGUUUUAAUCCUGUUGACUCUCAUUCAGAUUUGCACUGUAAAGCUGACUUGCUCUACACUGAUUUUACCUAAGUGAAACACUGCUUGUAAUUUCCCUUGCUGUUGUUUACAUGAGUACUCUGUACACACAUGUGCCUGAAUGGUACAGCAAAACUUUAGUUUAAAAGCAAACCAUUGAUUUGUCUAAUAAAUAGUAACAGGUUUAAUUGAGACUCUAUAUAAGAGGGGAAUCAAGACUGUCUUUGCAUUAUAUUGUGUAAAAAAAAAAAAAAAAGGAUAAAGGAUAAAAUUAAAGUGUUUCUUUAUUCAUACCCUUAUAUUUUGGUAAAUGAUUCUCUUUUUUCAUCUCAUCCAAGAAUUCAGGCAACUGAGUGCUGCUUCCAAGAGAAAGUUCAGUGCUCUCACAUCUCUGUUACAUGGAUGCUGAAGAGAAGUUGCAUUUCUUUUUACAAAAGUAGAGAAAUAGAGUACUUGUUAGCAUCUUGAAGUCAGACCUUCCAGUCUGUACAUCUGUCUAAUCAGAACAUGGGGGUUCUACAAUUAAAAAGGGAGAUGUAGAAAGGGACCUCUCAACAUACCAACAGAAGCACUUUAUGACAGCAUGUCACAGGUGCAAGGGCAUAUUGUAAGCAAAAGAUGAGUGCCAAAUUACUUUUUCCUUAGUCACCUAGGUUUUUUCUCUAAUGUUGUCAAAGUUUAUCUGAGGAGGUCACCAGCCCAGUUACUCUAAACCACUUUGUCCCUUUCAGGUUAUGCCUGGCUGAAGUUGGGCAUCUUCACUUCUUUAGCCCCUGCCACUUUGCUGAAUUCUGAUACAGGAAAUGUGGCUUUGAAAAAAAUCUAAAUUUUAACUAGAGCUAUUUUCAUAGCAAGCUGCACUUUCUACCUUCAAAGGAUUAAUGUACUAAGAACAAGGAAAACCUAAUCAGCUUUAAUAGAUGGCUGCAAGCCUAACAAGCUCUGCCUUGUGGGUUCCAUGGGUGUGCAGACAAGAGUGCAAAGAAGUCUGGGUUAAGGAAAGGUGCACAUUGACCCAGUCCUUUUAGUCUCAGUGUGAGCCAAACAUAACAAAGAAAACAGGAGCUGAUUUGCUAAGUGCUUUUAAUGGUGAGACUCUUCCUAUCAAAUAUAGAAAAAAUAGAGUUUUCUUUUUACAAAAAGAAAACAGCAUUUUACAGAGCAGAAGUGAAGCAGCCAGGUAUUGCAGUUGACCAGGUAUGUAAGUAAACUGUUGUCAUUUGUAACAGGGCACAAUAUUUUUCUUUUUUUCUUUACCCCAUGGAAUGUUUUCUCCCUGUUUGUAAACACUGGAAAAUUAUUUCCUCUCCAAACAAUGCAAGAACCAGAAGGUGUAACCAGCCUGUCAGCCAGGUUCAAACCCAGCAUCUGUUGCCUCCUGUCUCUGUUCUUUUUCAUAGCUGCAGGGCAUUUGUGUUGUCAUUUCCAGGGAAGGGACUUUGCUGUUACAGCUCAGACACACAGGCUCCUAACUGAAGCCUGGGUUUGAAUAAAUAAAUGUACUUACUAAUUUUGUCAGAAAAUGCAUCCGUGCUUUAAGUUUGAUUUGCAAUUCUCUCAAUAAAAAGAUGACUAUGUUCAAUACAUUCCAGUAAAAUGAAAAAACU